GACACUUUGACAGAACGGCCGCCUGGCGGUCGGGGGAGGUGGUGCACUGUAUUUUUGGAGGACGCGUAGCUCCGCGCUGGGACUGGUUCUUUUGCAGCCAUUUUCUGUCCAACCAACGGCCGUUUUGAGAAGGUAACCAACCAGGGCUUCAUUGCAGAUGGAAGAAGACCGUUCCACCACCGACGCCUCCCAGCUAACGUUAGGCAUCUCUGGAGAAUACAUGUCAGGAGGAUAUGUGCUCCAGUCUCAAGAUGUGUCAGUACCUAAUGAUCCAUGUUUUCCACGUAAUAAUGCGUGUGAUGAAGAUGAUGGAGAGGAGAGUCUGAACGACCAUGAUGACGGGGGCAUGAAAGAGAACUUCCGGGAGCAGGACAUCUACCUCCCCAUCGCUAACGUGGCACGCAUCAUGAAGAACGGCAUCCCACAGACCGGGAAGGUAACCAUGAUAGCGAAAGACGCCAAGGAGUGUGUGCAGGAGUGUGUGAGCGAGUUCAUUAGCUUUAUCACGUCGGAGGCCAGUGAGCGCUGCCACCAGGAGAAAAGAAAGACCAUCAACGGAGAGGACAUCCUGUUUGCCAUGUCAACCCUGGGAUUCGACAUGUACUUGGAGCCCCUCAAACUCUACCUGCAGAAGUUCAGAGAGGCAAUGAAGGGGGAGAAGGGAAUCCCAGGUGUGUCGGUGGGAGAGGGCCUGGGGGAGGAGCUUACAGACGAUAGCUUCACGAAUCAACUGCCAGCCGGAAUAAUAACAGCCGACGGCCAACAGCAGAACGUCAUGGUGUACACCACCUCAUAUCAACAGAUUCCUGGCGUGCAGCAGAUCCAGUUCUCAUGACGAGGCCUUGCUCCUGCUCUGACGGUGGUGGCCAUCGACCGCACAGACAAGGGCCUGGCGACCGUAGGCUAACCAUAGGCUGAGUGUAUGACCCCAUUGUCAAAAGGUCAAAGGCAAUCGUCAGACGGACAGAAGGUCUUGGAAGGGGGGCUGUUAUGGGUGGGAAGGGAUGUGGUGGUUGACACAACCCUGUCAUGUAAAUGUACAAGUCUGUUCUCUAAAUGUAGUACGUAGUCAUGAGGUGCCACAAGGUUUGGAGUGCAGCUUUCAACCAGGUUGGGAUACUUGAUUUUUAAUGCUAUUCGGACCACUUAGUUUGUUUUUGUACAUUGAUUGUUUUAUGCAGGUUUGGGAGGUGGAAUGGGAUGUUCUUUAUUUGUUGCCCACUCUUUUUUGAACCAUGAGGAGAGGUGCCCUUAAUGUCAGCUCUUUUCUAAGUGGAUAAACUAGUACCAUGUGCUUUAAUGUGACUUAAAUCCUUUGAAUAAAAAUCCAAAUGAUCCAAUA